AUGAAGAAAGGAGCUAAGAGAAGAGGCGCUUCAAAAGCCGGACGCGAGGAUGCUGUCGCAGAGCGUCAGAACGACGAGGUGGUUGCCGAGUCUCUCGAGGAGAGUCAACAGCCUAAGGAAGAAGCAGAGGCGAAGGAGGAGGAGAAUCAAGAGAACGGAGAGGAAGAUAAGGAGGUUGAUGAGGUGAAGGACGAGGAAGUAGAGGGAGAAGAUAAGAAGAAGAAGAAGCCUGUUCGUGGUGGUGGUAAGCGAAAGAGAGCCACGAAGAAGGGAAUCGAAGUGAAAGCACGAGUGAGCAAACCACAGGAAGAGCCUGAGUACUUCGAGGAUGAGCGUAAACUAUUGGUGGAUUGCUCUAUAGCCCAGUUAGUCCCAUUCAAAGGUGCAAACAAGAUUCUCCAUGUCCCAGCAGUUGUUGCUGUUGAAUCACCCUUCCCACCUUCUGAUAAGAUUGGAAUCACGUCGGUUCAGAGAGAAGUGGAGGAAAUCAUUCCAAUGAAGACGAUGGAGAUGGACUGGCUUCCUUACAUUCCAGUUGACAAAAGUGUACUUCAUUAG